AUGGACGACUUUAGUACGGUGAAGGUGAUUCAAGUGGCUCGAGCACAGAAUAGACAUGCCGACUUUCUCGCCACUCUGGCGUCAUCAAUUGCCAAGGAUAUUCCUCGGCUUAUCAGAGUGGAACUCAUCCCUGAGCUGAGCAUUAAGGUAGCAGGAAGUAAGGGGGUUACGGGAGUCGAAGUCAUGGCAGUCGCAACACUUGGUCCAAGCUGGAUGGACCCCAUCGUGGAUUUCUUGGCCGAUGACCGGAUUCCGGAUGAUAAGAAGGAGGCUAACAAAGUCCGUAGGGUGGCAGCCCGGUAUUGGUUGUCCAGAGACCGGAAACUCUAUCGUAGGUCAUUUGGAGGGCCAUACCUGUCAUGCUUGCACUCGGAGAAAGUAGGCAAUCGAAGAUUCGUGUUGGUGGCUGUUGAUUACUUCACCAAGUGGGCGGAGGUAGAAGCUUUGGCCAAUAUCCGAGAUGUAGAUGUGAAGAAGUUCGUAUGGAGGAACAUAGUCACCAGGUUUGGAGUCUCGGACUCCCUUAUAUCGGACAACGAGCUGCAGUUUGACAGUCGGAGUUUUCGCCAAUUUUGCAGCAAUCUUGGGAUCAGGAACAGGUACUCUACCUUGGUGUAUCCUAAGGGCAAUGGCCAGGCUGAGGCUGUUAACAAGGUGAUCAUGAACGGCUUAAACAGAAGGCUGGAAGGAACGAAGGGCAACUGGGCUGAAGAACUACCAAGUGUUUUGUGGGCAUACCAGACAACUCCUCGAAGAUCCACGGGCAAGACCCCAUUCUCUCUCACUUACAGAGCUGAAGCCGUGAUACCGGCCGAGAUCAACCUAUGCAGUGCACGGGUCUCAGAAUUCGACAUGAAACAGAAUGAAGGUCAGCUGACGUGGUGCCUGGAUUUACUUGAAGAACACUGA